AAUCAUUUGACUGGAUGCAUUUAUAAUCUCCCUCGAGAGCGGCGAUCACUAGUUCCUGAAUCGACCGAAUUUGAGUCAUUUCAACCGAACCAAGCACAAAAUAUGCCGCGUCAAACUCGAAGCAGUGUCCUUUCUCAACCUACUAUUGAUUUUCCUCGCCGUAAAACACGUUCGCAGGGGAAAACAGGCGGUUUGAAGACAGAAGCUUUGGGGACAUGUUCGCCUCGUAAACGAAGUGAAACAAGCAAAGCUCCAUCCGUCUCACCGAAAAAAAAGAAAAAUAACAAAGGAAAAUCCGUGGAAAUCAAAGAAGUAUCAGAAAAUACACCACCGACUUCUAAACAGGACAAAACAGAUCAUGAAACUACAAAAACACCAAACCAAGCUACUGUAAGGACACCAAAUCAAGUUACUAUCAGGACACCAAAUCAAGCUACUGUAAGGACACCAAACCAAGUUACUAUCAGGACACCAAAUCAAGCUACUAUUAGGACACCUCAGGGUGCAGCCAUGAGAACUCCUGCUCAAUCAAAAUGCAUACUUUCCCUUGGAAGAGCUGAAGGCCAGUGCUAUAGUGCAGUCAAAAAGGCAUUGCACACUGGGGCACCUGAUAAUAUCCUGUGUCGAGAUACAGAGAUCAAGGCUGUUACAAAAUUCCUUGAGAAACAUGUACAGAAAAAAAAGCCUGGAAGCUUGUAUAUCUCAGGAGCACCAGGAACAGGCAAGACUGCCUGCCUUACCAUGGUCAUCAGAGACAUGAAGGAGGUCAGUGAUUGCCCAGUAACAUUUAUCAACUGUAUGUCCCUGCAACAUUCCCAUGCAAUCUUUGCAAAAAUAAUUGAAGAGCUAGGAAUAGAAGAAAAAGUGGCCACCAAAGAUGCCCAGAAAGUUCUGGAGAGAAAGUUCACAGCACCAGGCCCAAUGAGGAUCUUAAUCCUAGAUGAGAUGGACCAACUAGAGACGAAAAACAGGGAUGUGUUGUACACUAUGUUUGAAUGGCCUUCACUUCCAAAGUCUAAACUUGUGUUGAUAGGAAUUGCCAAUGCCCUAGAUCUUACAGACAGAAUCUUGCCGAGACUGCAAGCAAGACCAAAAUGUAAACCUGAACUGCUCAAUUUUCCUCCUUACACAAGAAAUCAGAUCAGCACCAUUCUUCAACAAAGAAUAUCACAGACUGAGGGCGAGACUCCAGUUUUAGACACACCAGCAAUCCAGUUCUGUGCAAGAAAAGUUGCUGCUGUUGCAGGAGACAUACGAAAGGCUCUUGACAUUUGCAGACGUGCUGUAGAAGUUGUUGAAUCUGAUGUCAGAAAACAGCACAUCCUCCAACCCACAAAAUAUGAAAAUGCCCAGACAAAGGGUGAAUUAAGCAGUCCUACUCCUACUGCAAAAAAAGUGAGCCUGGGACAUAUUGCCAGUGUGGUAUCGGACGUAUACGGCUCUCGUAUAAUGGCCAACUCGUCCGGAAGUCAGCCCACCAUCCCAUUGCAGCAAAAGUUACUUGUUUGCACAUUACUUCUAAUGCUGAAGCAAGGCAAAGUCAAAGAAGUCAUUCUGGGGAAGCUCCAUGAGACUUACAGCAAUGUGUGCAAGAAACGGCAAGUGAACCAGGUGACUCAGGAUGACUUUAUCGCUCUGUGUAAACUACUGGAGACCAGAGGGAUUAUCACACUGAAGAAAGCAAAGGAAAUGAGGAUGAUCAAGGUAUCACUCAAAAUUGAUGAAAAUGAAGUUGAUUUUGCUCUACAAGACAAGACUUUGUUAUCAGCAAUUCUUCAAGAUGCUGGCAGAUAAUAGCAGUCACCAUCUUUAUUGGCAAACAAACAGAAAUUUUAAGUAAAAUAUUUCUUUUUUAAUCUUUUUUGCUCUUGUAAAUAAUUUCCUAUACACACAAUUACUAAAAUAUUUUUACAAAAUAAGUUAUGAAUAUUCAUACAAUGUUAUUUCUCUACAAUAAAACUAUCUUUUAGAAA